AGGCAGGCAGAACCCCGAGGAGCGCAGCCAGCACAGUGCUGCGGCCUGACGCUUACUGUGGCGGCGUGGAAGCCGUUCGCGCAUGCAUUUUCCAUGUGGAGAAACUGAGGCACGCAGUGGCCACAGAGCUCCGCGCCGCGGGCCCCCGCCCUUGAAUGGGAGGUGGGCGUGGGGGUCACGCAGCAGGCCCGAGUCCUGCGGGGUAGCCGACGGCCCUCGCCUCGAGCCCGCAUCCGCGGCCUUGCCCCGCGGAAGGAGGAUGGGGUGCUGGCUCCCCUGGAGAGGAUCAGGAACCAGGAGGGUGUUUUCGCAGGCCGUCGGUUUUGUGCGGACAGUGAGCUUCGUUAGCUUUUCUGAGAAGCACUAGGGAUCCUUUGAGAGGCUGUGGAAUGACCUUUUUAUGGACCAAAUAGGUAGCUAACCUGCAUGGCAACGCCAGUCUGGCAGAGCGGGCAGUGCCCUGCUGUGUGUGUGUGGGGGGGGGUGUCCUGGGUGGAUGCCAGGCCCUGCCCAGCCUUGGACCAUGUUACCACUCAGAAGGGGAGAUCUAAUGUGGCCUUCUGAGUUUCUAGGAGAAAUCAGGAAUCUGAAGAGAAUGUGAAGUCUUACGUUUAAGUAUUGGGAAUUAAUUAAAACACACAGACACACACACACACACACACACACACACAUUUUGCAGGCUAAUCUGCAGUGUUGGUUGGCAGCACCCACCUGUGGCCUUUGCCCUGAAGCAUAGAGAAGAGGGGAGGUAAGGCUCACCAAGUCUGAGGACGCCUAGAGUUUUGUGAAUCUCCCAGAGAGCUGCAGGUGUGUGAAUCAGAGCAGCUUGGCCCAUCUGCAGUCUCUGCAGUGCCGGGUCCUUGCACGUCUUACCUAACAGUUCUUGAAAAGAGCAGAGUGUGGCUGCGUGUGGUGGCUCCUGCCUGGCAUUCAGGAGGCUGAGCCUGGCAGACCAAGGAUGGCAGGGCACGGGGUCCUCAGGCUUCUGGUAAUGGGGUCCCCUUUAGUCUUCAGGGGGUCCUUCCUGCGCCUGGGCUGUGCCUCCCUCUUUCUUGCACAAUUGACAGAUUAAAAUCUGAGUCUAAACCAGAGCCAAGCUAGAAGGUGAUUAGAUACAAUACAAUAGGAUUUUUAGCUUUUUGAAAGAUUUCACUAUAAAAUUAAUUCUUUAGGUUACCUCCAUAUGCACUUGAAAUAAAACUCCUUUUGUUUGUUCACAUAGCUUUUCAAGACCAUGGCCACUGAGUAAGUCCGGUCAUGCCCUCCAUCUCCCCAAUUCUGGGUGGCUUCUGCUGUGUUUUUUGGUUUUGGUUUUGGUUUUUUUUGGAGACAGAGUCUUGCUUUGUAGUAUGGGCUGGCCUUGAACUCACUAACUCACUAACUCACUAUGGAGCCCAGGCUGGCUUUGAACUUGUGGCGAUCCUCCUGCCUCAGCCUCCAAAGUGCUGAGAUUACAGGUGUGUACCACCGUGCCUGGCUGCUCCUGCCUUGUCUAGUGCCUUCCCUGUGAUACUGUGAAUUUAUUGUCGUGAUCUGUGUGGACCGGUGGACAAGUCCUUAUCACUAGAACAGGGAAGGAGGCUGUAAUCUUUUGGUGGUGGGGAAGGCCAGCCUGCCCUUGGUCACGCCUCUGCCUGGUAGUUCCCUGCCAGCACAGCCAUUUCCUGACUCCAGAUAAUUCUUCUAAAGGUCAUUUUUAAAAAGAAGCAGAAAGUGAUUUAUUAGGCAGAAGUUUUGGUGGUGGAAUUUGUGAGUCUGUAGGAAGUUCUGUCCUGUUCUUGGUUGGGGUCUCCAUCCACAGGAAAGCUAAAGGCCCAUUUUACAGGUGAAAGGCAUGAGCCCCAUCAUUAUUUUGGAUAGAUAUAGGAAGUUUUGCUUUAAAACCAUUCUUUGAACACUUAAAAUCUCUUCCUUUAUCUUUUUUUAUUUUUGGUACCGGAGAUCGAACUCAGGUCCUUGUGCUUGCGCAACAGGCUGCGAAACCACUGAGCUAAAUCCCCAGCUGGCCUUUCUUCCUUUAUCUUAUGAUUAGGUUUCUGCACUUUAUUUUACCAACUAAGAUAAUUUUUAAAAAUUAUUCGUUUUAUUUAAGCUCUCCGAUUUCUUUUUCCCCGGUACCAGGGAUCGAAUUCAGGACCUUGUGCUUGCAGGCAGGCACAGCACCACUGAGCUAGAUCCCCAGCCCCCCAACUAAGCUAAUUUGUAAACUUAAGUUUCUUUAAGGGAGUUUGGGUAUGACAGGCUUAGAAGAAAAGAAGCAUAAACAAACUUCGGGAAUAUUGCUAUAGAUAACCGUGGGUAACUAUGUCCUGGAGUUGCAAUCUUCUAAAACGUAUAGUUUUUAGUUCUGGUUUUCCUUAUUUCCUUUCUACCUAUCUUUAUUUCUUCUAUCCUACCUCAUUUCCCCCAAGUUUAUUGUUCUAAAGGUCCAUCUGCCAUCUGAUCAGGCCUGUGAUCCCAGCACUCUGGGAAGCUGAGGUCUGCCGAGAUGCCCAUCAUGGUGGAUGACAUCAUGAGGCUGCUCUGCUCCAUUUCCCAGGAGAGGAAGAUGAAGGCAGCAGUCAAGCAUUCUGGGAAGGGUGCUCUGGUCACAGGGGCCGUGGCCUUCCUUGGUGGUUUGGUUGGUGGCCCACCUGGACUAGCUGUUGGGGGCACUGUCGGGGGUCUCCUCAGUGCCUGGAUGACAAGUGGACAGUUUAAGCCAAUUCCUCAGAUCCUAAUGGAGCUGCCCCCCGCCGAGCAGGAGAAGCUCUUUAAUGAAGCCACGGCCAUAGUGCGGAGCUUGGACUGGACCGAUGCUGUGCAGCUGACCACGCUGGUCAUGGGCAGCGAGGCCCUGAAGCAGCAGCUGCUGGCCAUGCUGGUGAACUACGUCACCAAGGAGCUGCGAGCUGAAGUUCGGGAAGGCAAGGGUCAAGUUUCUAACUUCUCUGAAGUCCCUGAGCUACUAACAGAAGAAGCCAAGACUUGAAUCCAUGUCUGUACAAUCCCAGAGGCCUCUCUGAAGUACCUCACAGAAGCUUCCCAGUUUGCAGGAACUGGUAGUUCUUCAGUUAGAUUUUUAAGUGAAAUUUUUUUUUUUUUUGGUACCAGGGAUUGAAUUCGGGACCUUGUGCUUCCGAGGCAGGCGUCAGAACCACUGAGCUAAAUCCCCGGCCCUUAAGUGAAAUAUUUUCAAUAAGAAGUCUUGUUCUUUCUGAAGUGGUGAUGAGGCAGAAGAUUAGGGCCUGGAAAACUGGCUGGGGAAGUUCCUUAACCUGUCAAUUACACAGUUCCAGGAGCAGGCCCAGAAUAGCUCUGCAUGUGGAACCAAUCAGAGAGUGCUGUCUUCAGUUCUCACAAGAACCCAAGCAGGUUUCUGAUAGGCCGGCCUAGACCUGACCUCAGCCUGAGGAGUGGGAGAUACAAAAGAUGGCGGCCAUUUUCCUUGUGGCCACUGUGCUCUCUUUCACAGUCCUCACGCUGUAGCGUAUGCUUCUUCCCCCACUUUUAUUUGGCCCAAACUCAUUCUGCAGAGUAUAUUUCUUUCCUUUUCCUACCUUUUAAUAAAUGUGAAACUUUGCCACCUUUUGCACUUGUCUUGACCAAUUCUUUUUCAGGACAGAAAGAAUCUAGAAACCACCUCUAAAAGGAGAUUCUAGCACCCCAUAACCCAUUAAGAGUGGGAUCCUAAACCAUUGAAGGAAUGUUUCUACUCUGUUAUGGUUUAUAUCUAGAUGUCUCCCAAGAGCCUCAGGCACUCAUAGGUGAGGCUUUUGGGAGGUGGUUGGAUUAUGGUGGAUUAUGGGAGUUUAUAGAUGGCCUGCUAUUAGGAGGUGGGCCUGAGGGGGAGGGAAGUCACUGGGGGUGUGACCAGGAAGGGUAUCUCUCCCUCCCACGCUCUUCCUCUCUUUCCUGGCUGCCAUGAUGUGAGCAGUUUUUCCCUCCGCCAUGCCCCUCUGCCAUGCUGUUUUCUUUGAAGCCAGCAGCACUGAGCCAAAAUAAACCUCUCUUUAAGUUGUACAUGUCAGGUAGUGUGCCUCAGAGAUGAGAACGUAACUAAGACGUGCCCCUAAAGAUUGCCCUAGUACUGUAUUCACUUUGCUUUCAGAAUUAUAACUCAACUAUGUCAUCAGAUUACAAUAAACUUUUCUGAAAAGUCA